AUGGUGGAAGAGGCAGAAGAAUUGCGUGCCCUGCGUGAGCAACAACCUGCACGUAUCCUCACGUUCCAGGAGGAGAGUAAAGAUGUACUCUCCGGUCGUAGCACCCAGUCAAGGAACAGCUGGAAGGACCAGCUGCUUGAGGGGUGUUCACCGAAGAAACGGCUGCCGAUACUGUCCUGGAUACGGCGGUACGAUGUGGAGGACGCACUGUCCGAUUUGAUUGCCGGUGUUACGCUCGGACUAACGAUGAUACCGCAGAGCAUCGCGUACGCGACGAUUGCUGGCCUUCCGUCGCAGUACGGUCUGUACGCUGCGUUCAUGGGUUCGCUAGUGUACGUGUUUUUCGGUACGGUGCGUGAGGUAUCGAUCGGUCCUACCAGCCUGAUGUCACUGCUGACGCUCCAGUAUACGGCCGGUCGCCCACUGCAGUACGUGAUCGUGCUGGCAUUCACCUCCGGGCUGGUGGAGUUGGCAAUGGGUAUCUUCCGGCUCGGCUUUCUCGUCUGCUUCAUCUCGGUCCCGGUAACAUCUGCCUUCACCUCAGCCACCGCACUGAUCAUCAUCGGUGCUCAGCUGGGCAACUUGCUAGGUCUUCCAAGGGUACCGUCCACCAACAGUGACGGUGGUUUCUUCGCGACCGUAUGGAGCAUUCUGCAGCGGCUGCGGGAUACCGCAUUCGGUGAUACGGCACUCGGUAUUGGUUGUAUGGUGAUGUUGAUCGGGCUACAGCAUCUACCCCGGUUAGUGCCUGCUGCAAGGAAUUAUCGAAUGCAUCGAUUCUUGUGGUAUGUGUCACUCGCGCGGAACGCUCUCGUAGUACUGCUUGCGACGCUUCUUGCCCACUAUCUCUCUUCUACACCCGGUGGCGUUCCUUUUCGGCUAUCGGGACGCGUAGAACCGGGCAUACCCGCGUUCGAGUGGCCUAUACGUGGAGUCCCCACCAACGGUACGUCCCUUUCCUUUCUCGAAAUAACAACCGAUCUCGGUAGCGGUCUGCUUCUGGUGCCGCUCGUUGCCGUCCUUGCAAAUGUCGCCAUCGCCAAAGCAUUCGCGACGGAUGGAACCGUUGACGCGACGCAGGAACUGAUUGCGCUCGGACUGUGCAAUGUGAUUGGGUCGUGUUUCCGCGCGAUGCCCACCACCGGUGCCUUCACCCGUUCCGCCGUCAGCCAUGCCAGCGGCGUUCGGACACCACUGUCCGGGCUCUAUUCCGCCCUGCUCACCCUGCUAGCGCUCGGUGUCCUAACGCCCUACUUCUACUACAUCCCGCGGGCAACGCUGGCCGCCGUACUGAUCGUUGCCGUUGCCUCCAUGCUUGAUCUAGCGAUCGUGCGACGCCUGCCCCGACCUCCCGCCUCCCUGAUCGACCUGUUCGCUUGGACGGUGUGCUUUACGGUUUGCCUAUUUCGAGGCGUUGAGGUUGGUCUUCUGUGCGGUAUGGCGGUCAGCCUGCUCGAACCACUCCGGCACUGGGUGUCGCCCCGAGCCUAUUGCACCACCGUGCGUGGACCUACCCACACCUACCACCACAUCCGACCCAGCCUGGGACUACUUUACACCGGUAUCGAUCGGUUGCGGACGGUCGUGCUUACCGAGGCACGCCACCGUACCGUACCCGGCGCACCGAUUCUGCUCGACUGUGAGCAGUUCGUUGCACUCGAUUACAGUGCGGUCCGGUCGUUGCGCGAACUGUCGGAUGAGGUAGAACGGCUCGGGGGCACACUGAUGCUACAAAACGUGCGGCCAUCGUGGCAGCAAGCGCUCCAGCUGCACGAAACCACCGGCCCCGGAAUCUGGGUGUUUCACCGGCCGGAGGGAAGUGUUCCACCAGUUGCACAAGCCGCCCAGGUGGUGGGUGGGGAAGAGGUGGUGGAAGGGGAGAACAUUGCACCAACCAGAUAG